CUUGCACAUAUUUUUAUUAGCCAAAGGAAAAUGUCUUCUUCCUCACACUAAAAAGGGAAACUAUAAUCACUGAAUUUCAGUUUUCUAAAUCAUGAAACUUAUAAUGGAAGUUUUGAAUUUGAGUGUGUUUAUGUUACUCUCUCUAUUAUCCAUUAUUACUUGCAUAGAUGCUCUUCAAUCUAUUCCCACUCUCAAUCGAAGCAGUUUCCCUCCAGGAUUUAUUUUUGGAACAGCCUCCUCCGCGUAUCAGUAUGAAGGUGCAGCAAAUGAAGAUGGAAAAGGACCCAGUAUUUGGGAUAUCUUCACUCAUAAAUAUCCAGAAAAAAUAAGAGAUAGAAGUAAUGGAGAUGUAGCUGACGACUCAUAUCAUCGCUACAAGGAAGAUAUUGGAAUCAUGAAGGAUAUAAAUAUGGAUGCUUAUAGAUUCUCCAUUUCUUGGUCUAGAGUGCUACCAAAAGGAAAGCUAAGUGGAGGUGUAAACAAGGAAGGAAUAAACUAUUACAACAACCUCAUCGACGAACUAUUGGAUAAUGGUAUGCAACCAUUUGUGACCAUUUUUCAUUGGGACGUUCCACAAGCUUUAGAAGAUGAGUACCACGGGUUUUUGAGUCAUUCCAUUGUAGAUGAUUUUAAGGACUACGCUGAACUUUGCUUCAAGGAAUUUGGUGACAGAGUUAAACAUUGGAUUACAUUGAACGAACCACGGAGUGUGAGCAUGAAUGCCUACGCAGUGGGAAUGUUUGCGCCGGGUCGAUGUUCAGAAUGGAUAAAAUUGAAUUGCACAGGAGGUGAUUCAGGGACAGAACCAUAUUUGGCUGCACACUACCAACUUCUUGCUCAUUCUGCUGCUGUUAAACUGUACAAAACUACGUAUCAGGCAUCUCAAAAAGGUUCAAUAGGAAUUACAUUGAUCUCUAAUUGGUUUGUUCCAGCCUCUAAAGAGACAUCUGAUCGUGAUGCUGCACAAUGAUCCAUCGACUUUAUGUUUGGAUGGUAUAUGGAUCCAAUAACAAAAGGAGAAUAUCCAAAAAGCAUGCAAUCAUUGGUGGGAAAGCGGCUACCAAAGUUUUCAAAAGAAGAAUCUGAGCAACUUAAGGGGUCCUUUGAUUUUUUGGGCUUAAACUAUUACGCAUCAUCUUAUUCUGCUGAUGCACCUCAACUACGUGGUGCAAGACCAGCGCUGUUUACUGAUCCUCUUGUUAAUGAAACAUUUCAACAUAAUGGCAAGCCCCUUUGUUCAAUGGCCGCUUCUGAUUGGUUAUGCAUUUAUCCACGAGGAUUUCGACAGUUGUUGCUUUACAUCAAGAAGAAGUACAACAACCCCGUAAUUUAUAUUACUGAAAAUGGUCGUGAUGAGUUCAACGAUCCAACAUUAUCGCUUAAAGAAUCUCUUAUAGAUACUUACAGAAUUGAUUACUAUUACCGUCAUCUUUAUUAUCUUCAAACUGCGAUCAAGGAUGGUGUGAAUGUAAAAGGAUAUUUUGCAUGGUCAUUACUGGAUAACUUUGAAUGGGAAUCUGGCUACUUCUUGCGAUUUGGAAUCGUCUUUGUGGAUUAUAAAGACAACCAAAAAAGAUACCCAAAACUCUCAGCGCAUUGGUUCAAGAAUUUCCUCCAAAAAUCUUAGACAAGUAGUAAAUUCCCAUGAUUCAAAAAAAGGUAUUUUGUUUUAAUAAAAUCAAAUUAGAAAAAUACAAUCUUUGUUAGAUCGUAGAUUUAAAAAUAAAAGAAAUGCGGAUAAUAUAAUUCAGAUUUAGUAAAUCACAUUUUUUUGUCUUAGUAAAUUUUAUUCACCCUCUUUUACCCCAAUGAAUUUCUAAAUGUUGCAACUAUUAAACUUGCAUUUUUUUAGUCACUAUUAAACUUGCACAACAGUGUGAAUUGCAUGCUCUCCAUCCAAUGCUGUAUGCAUUCUACAAGAAAAAUAAAGAUGAUUUAAU